AUGGAGCGUUCUGUGCUCUGCUUCUCUCACUGUGACAGCAAUAUUUUCUGUUUCCAACUUCCUGCUGAGUGUCCCAGCUGUGGAGAAGAAGUGGGAGGUCACCACCUACAGGAGGCACCAGUCAGUCUCCCCCCACCUUUCACAGAUGGACACAAAAGUUCCUGUUGCCUUCUCAUCACUGCCGUGGACAGAGACUUCAGCGAUUCCUCUGAGCUCCACACUGGCAUCUCGGACACCUCUGGGGUUGUCUACAACUACACUUGUGCCGGAGUACUAAGAGACACCAGUGGGUGGCAGCACUGUGUUAGCAUCCCUCUGGUCCGACCUGACAGGUUCUCGCUUCUGGCCCAGUGGGACCAGUACCUGCAGACAUUCUCGUCCAAACCGAUGUGGGAUACCACUUGGCACAGCUUCCACGCGGACAACCACAACUGCUUCAGCUUCUGUCUUCAGUUCAUCAACAGCGUAAUGCAAGCGGAGGGUCGGCAACCUCUGUCCCAAGAGGUCUUCAUUCAGACCUUCAUACUUCCCAGGAUGACAAGGGUUUCAAAGUUUCUGCGUCUGUAUGCUCACCUACACGCACACCAGUACUACCUGGAGGACAGACGAUAGGAUGCUUGUUUGUGUUUGUGUGAUUUGCUUUGUUGAGGAUGCUAUAUUGAGUUUAUUGUUAUUUUGUCAUGACUGCUUCUGAAUUUUAAAGAGAACAGACGUUUGUGAUCAGUGAAACUGCAGAAUAAUGACGCAUUGACUCUUGUAACCAAAAUGAACAUGUACUGAAAUGUCCUCAUUAUGCUGGUGAGAGAAGAGGUGUUUGCUGGAUGAAUAUGUACUGUGUAUGAAUGAAUAUGGAUGAAUGUGUGCUCCUGCAAAUGAGCAUCUAUUUAAAUGUUAUUUUCAGUCACACGCAUAUUGUGUAGACAAAUAAAAAGACACGUACUCUCGUACACUUACUGCAGAUCUAAAGCGCACAUUCACGCUCAGUGGGAAGUACCAACCUACUACUAAAACACGUACAGCAGAAAAAAAGAAAAAAAAAUCUCACAUUUGCAUUACAAAAUGCGACAAUUGGGUUACCAAUCCCCAAUUUACUUUAUUCAGAAAAUCAUUCACAUAUGACCAUUAUCACUAUGUUCGAAUGACAGAUGUAGUUUUACAAUUCCACAGUACAAUAUUACGGUAUACAGAUUCCAAAGUGAAAGACACGGAAACAUACCAAAAUUCCAACUCCCGUGGGAGACACCCAGGGAGUUUGAACUCAAUCUCAUGAAGUAUUUCAAAGUAAAAGCUUAAAGAAAUGAUAGCAAUUGAAUAUGAAUGUUGAUUUGUUUUUAUUUUCAUUAUGAUAUCUUUGAAAAUCCCUAAGGUUGACCACUAUGCCAGUGGUCUCAAGUG